UACACAAUUGCCGCUCACGCUUGAUUUAUUGCUGGUUCUUAAAACGCAUGCGCUUCAAGCGCAACAGCUCUACAAACCAUUGCUGCGGUCCCUGUCGAUUCUGCGCUGUUGGCCUGAAGGAAUGCGCCUAUUCGCAAACACGCGUGGAUGCGCAAGCGCGACACAUGAACGGAGCCGAUGCAUUCUUGUCGGCUCGACGCGGUUUAUUGGUGGUGGCGCUCCUCGCGUUGCGCACCAAUCGUCACUGGAGCAGUCGAAGCCUUGCUUAAUUUCGCGGCGCGGCAGGCCAGGCUUUCAACUGGCUGCGGUCCAAGCGAGCGCUGCGGGCGACACGGCACAGGUUGCCACGCCCAGCACUGGUGCGCCAGGCGCCGAGUGGCUGCCUGCCUCCCUGGAGGCGCAGCUGGCGCCCAUCACGUCGGCGCCUGACGCCAAGGAGGCCCUCAGGCGGCUGCUGGACGCGGGCAGUGGCCUGGCCCCGCUGCCGGCCGCCGCCCGCACCGCCUCCAACCGGGUCAUGGGCUGCACGGCGCAGGUGUGGCUGGCGGCUGAGACGGACGCGGCCGGCCGCAUGGCCUUCCAGGGCUGGAGCGACAGUGAGGUCAGUCGCGGGCUGGUGGCGCUGCUGGUGCGCGGGCUGAGCGGCUGCACGCCCGAGGAGGUCAUGCAGGUGUCGGCGAGCCAGGUGCAGCAGCGGCUGUCGCGGGUGCUGGGGCGCUCCGUGCUGCCGCCGGGCCGCGCCAACGGACUGGGCAACAUGCUGGAGAGCGCGCGCAAGCGGGCGGCGCUGGCGGCGGCGGCGGCGGCCGGGCGGCGGCUGGACGUGUUCCCCUCGCUGCUCAUCACCGCAGACGCCCUCACGCCGCAGGGCGCCUUCGCGGAGGCCCAGGCGCGCUACCUGGCGCCGGAUGCGGCCGCCGUGUCGCAGCUGGUGCGUGUGUGCCGCGACAAGCACAUCGGCGUGGUGGCGCACUUCUACAUGGACCCGCAGGUGCAGGGCGUGUUGUCGGCUGCUGCGGAGGAGUGGCCGCACAUCGCCAUCAGUGACUCGCUGGUGAUGGCGGACACGGCCGUGCGCAUGGCGGAGGCGGGAUGCACCACCAUCUGUGUGCUGGGUGUGGACUUCAUGAGUGAGAACGUGCGCGCCAUCCUGGAUGAGGCGGGGCACAGCGCAGUGCAGGUGUACCGGCUGGCUGAGUCGGACAUUGGCUGCUCGCUGGCCGAGGCGGCGGAGAGCGACUCCUACAGCCGCUACCUGCAGCAGGCCGCACACACACCCAACAGCGUGCACGUGGUGUACAUCAACACCUCGCUGCGCACCAAGGCCCGUGCGCACGCGCUUGUGCCCACCAUCACCUGCACCUCCUCCAACGUGGUGCAGACGGUGCUGGCGGCCUUUGCGGACGUGCCGGGCGCCACGGUGUGGUACGGCCCCGACACCUACAUGGGCGCCAACCUGGCGCAGCUGUUCGCCGACCUGGCCUCGGGCGCCGCCAGCGACGACGACGUGCGCGCGCUGCACCCCGCACACACGGUGGACAGCAUCAGGUCUCUGUUGCCGCGCCUGCGCUACUUCACUGACGGCACGUGCAUCGUGCACCACAUCUUUGGCGGCGAGGUGACGGAGCUGGUGGCUGCGGGCUACGGCGACGCCUACCUGGCCGCGCACUUCGAGGUGCCGGGCGAGAUGUUCCGGCUGGCCAUGCAGGCCAAGCGCUCUCGGGGCAUGGGUGUGGUGGGCUCCACCUCCAACAUCCUGGACUUCAUCGCGGACAAGCUGCGCGAGGCUCUGUCCGCACCGCACCCGGAGCGGCUGCAGUUCGUGCUGGGCACGGAGGCGGGCAUGAUCACGUCCAUCGUGCGCAAGGUGCAGGGGCUGCUGCGCCAGUCGGGUCGUACUGACGUGGAGGUGGAGGUGGUGUUCCCGGUGGCGCCCUCCGCCGUGGCCACGCCGCAGCAGAGGCCGCAGGAGGGCGCGGCGCCGCUCACACUGCCCACAGGGCUGGCGCUGGUGCCGGGUCCCGCCUCCGGCGAGGGCUGCAGCCUGGAGGGCGGCUGCGCGGCCUGCCCCUACAUGAAGAUGAACACCCUGGCCGCACUGGUGUCCGUGUGCGAGCGCGUGGGCAGCCCAGCAGGCGAGGCCAGCCUGGAGCGCUACCGGCCACGCACCUACGGCGGCGAGACAGUGGGCGGCCGCAGCCUGGCCGCCGCCGGCUGUGUGCCCAUCCUGCACAUGCGCAACUUCCAGCGCAGCCAGGGCCGCCGCCUGGGGCCGGACCUGCUGCAGGACAUCGCCAGCCGCCACACCGCCCGGUAGGGGGCAGGCGGCGGACCGGCGGAGCCCAGGGGAGGGGGGCGGCGCAAGGCGUGGUGGCCAUUGCACGCGCUCGAGUGGGCUGGUUGUGCAGGAUGAGAGCGGUGGGUGGGGAGGAGCGCCGCGUAGUUAGCGAGUGAGCGGGCGAGUGAGAGGGAGAGUGCGGAGGAUUGGAGGACACAUGGUGCUUGAAGGUCAAGAGGGCGCAACCGUACAAUGCUGAGAGGGGUAGGGACAAUGUGACUUUAGCCGAAGGCGCGGCGUGCGGGCGCGCCUUGCCUAGCGUUGCUCAUCAUAAGCAGGUCCUGGGAGGCGGUUGUGCCCACAUUGGUGGCGGUAGCGGUAGCAGUGACAGUGACAAUGGCGGUAGCGGUGGCAGUGGUGGUGGCGGUGGUGCAUGUUUACCCGCUGAGUCCCUUGCGUGCAGGCUGGCUGGCAGGUUGGGAUGGUGUAAUGCGACAGGUUCAGCGCGUGGGAGCAACUGAAAAAAGAGAACAAUUGCAAGACGCCCACAAACAUGGGCGGGAUGGGUAACGCAUGGCCGCUGACGGAUGGCAGACCAGCCGCUUGCCAGCCGGCACAGGUCAG